UCAGGAUGGUGGAUCUUCGGAAGCUAUCGGGUGUUAUUCUAUCGCUGGUGCUUUGCUGCGAUGUUGGACUUGGUGCAGAAUCAGCUCGCUACGAUAACUACAGGAACUAUAAGGUUCGAGCCCAUUCAGCGGAGCAUGUUUCGGUGUUGAAGGAACUGAAGGAAUCAAGCGACAGUUUUAUAUUUUUGGAACACGGAAAUAAAGCCGGUGACGAGUACGAAAUUGUUGUUGCACCGCAUAAACUGGCAGAUUUCACCACAACGUUGGAAAGUUACGGUAUUAGCUAUUAUAAAUUGCAGACCAACCUGCAGCAGUUGAUUGACGAGGAACGGAACCGUAUCCAGACGAAGCGUGCAUCGGGCGCUUUCGGGUGGAUAGAGUAUCACGAAUUGGAGGAAAUUUAUGCGUGGUUAGAUAAAUUGGCUUCCGAGUACAAACAAGUUGAAGUGAUCGAAGGAGGCAGAACAUUUGAAAAUCGAAAAAUCAAAGGUGUCAAGGUUUCGUACAAAACUGGCAACCCUGGAAUUUUCCUAGAAGCUGGUAUUCAUGCGAGAGAAUGGAUUGCUCCCGCGACGGCUACCUACAUUUUGAAUCAACUGCUUACUAGUAACGAUACGGCUGUGAGAAACAUCGCCGAAAACUACGAUUGGUACAUUUUCCCGAGCGUCAAUCCCGACGGAUAUGUGUAUACUCAUAAGAGGGAUCGUCUGUGGCGCAAGACAAGAACCAGGUACGCGGUCGGUUGCUUUGGUGCGGAUCCCAAUCGUAAUUGGGACUUUCACUGGCAUGAACAAGGAACGAGCAGUUGGUGCUACUCGGACACCUAUGGGGGACCUCGUGCAUUCUCGGAAGUGGAAACCAAAACUUUGUCGGAAUACAUUCAAUCACUGAAGGGAAAGUUGCGGACCUAUAUUUCGUUCCACUCCUACUCUCAGCUGCUUUUGUUCCCGUAUGGAUAUACGAGUGAGCAUGCGUCCAAUUAUGACGAUUUGAAUUCCAUCGCAAAGGCAACCGUCACUUCCCUGGCGCGUCGGUAUGGAACUCAGUACACUUACGGGAACGUCUACGAUGCCAUCUACCCGGCCAGUGGUGCCAGUUUCGAAUGGGUGUACGGCACUUUGGGAGUGAAACUCGCCUACACGUACGAAUUACGUCCAAGCUCAAAUUCCAGGAAUGGCUUCAUACUUCCACCGUCGCAGAUUAUUCCGACCGGCGAGGAGACUCUGGACUCACUUGUGACACUGCUAGAGGAAUCAGCCAAAAAGGGAUACUACGGUAACUAAGUAGCUAAUGUGAGUGAUAAUAUUUGCUGAAGAUAUACGGAAUGUAAUUGACGAUUAGAUUAGUGAGCAACGAAAUGCGAAUGCACUGCAAGUGGCGGAAGAAAUGUUUGCUUGGUUGAAUCAAUAGUUUGAAGUGUCGCGAAAAGUUAUUUGUUGAACAGUCAAAGCACAUUUAAUUGCAAUAAUCGUGAUAAGCUAAGUGUGACAAACCAAUCCUGAAAUAGAGAGAGAAAAUAAAGUGAUAUGCAUAU